GAGCGCACCGAGGCAAAGAAAGCAGGGUUUAAAGCGAGGGAAUGAUACCGUUGAACAAAAAAAUAAGCACUUUUAUUUAACAUCAGACACAAGUUCCUGUUUUAAUGAAGGACUUUACGUUAUCUUCAGCAUGUCAGCCUCUCUAGCACUGGUGAUCAUGUCUGCGUCGUUUUUCAACCCCAGUUUUGCACUGAGCUCUCAUUUUGACUCAGAUGGCGCACCACUGAGUGAGCUGUCCUGGUCCUCAUCUCUGGCAGUGGUGGCUGUGUCAUUUUCAGGCCUCUUUACAUUCAUCUUCCUCAUGCUGGUUUGCCUGUGCUGCAAACGAGGUGACAUUGGCUUUAAGGAAUUUGAGAAUGCAGAUGGAGAGGACUAUCCAGCGGAUAUGUCCACGCAGGCAUCACCUGCAUCUCAUGCCGGUCCCGAUGUCUACAUCCUACCUCUCACCGAGGUCUCGCUGCCCGUUGCAAAGCAACCUGGCCGAUCAGUCCAGCUCCUAAGAUCCACAGAUCUCGGUCGCCACAGCUUGCUUUACAUAAAGGAGAUAGGACAUGGCUGGUUUGGCAAGGUGUUGUUGGGGGAGGUUCACUCUGGUCUUAGCUGUACCCAGGUGGUGGUGAAGGAACUGAAGUCCAGCGCCAGCGUUCAGGACCAGAUGCAUUUCUUGGAAGAGGCUCGUCCAUACUGGAGUCUCCAUCACCCGGCUCUAGUGCAAUGCCUCGCCCAAUGCACAGAGGUCACACCCUAUUUACUGGUCAUGGAGAUCUGCCCUCUGGGUGAUGUUAAAGGCUAUCUGCGCAGCUGCAGGGCAACAGAUUCCAUGCCCCCUGACCCCUUACUGCUUCAAAGAAUGGCAUGUGAGAUCACUUCAGGCUUGCUGCACCUCCACAAAAACAACUUCACUCACAGUGAUUUGGCUUUAAGAAAUUGCCUGCUAACAUCAGACAUAAACGUCAAGAUUGGAGACUAUGGACUAUCACAAAAGAAGUACAAAGAUGACUACUUUGUGACAUCGGACCAGACCUGGAUUCCUUUACGUUGGAUUGCCCCUGAGCUGGUGGAUGAGGUUCAUGGUAACUUGCUGGUGGUGGACCAAACCAAGGAAAGCAACAUCUGGUCACUUGGUGUAACCAUCUGGGAACUUUUUGAGUUGGGGAAUCAGCCAUAUCGUCAUUAUUCUGACAGACAGGUUCUCAGCUAUGCUGUGAAGGACCAGCAAUUGAAGCUGCCCAAGCCUCUUCUAAAGUACCCUCUUGCCGAUCGCUGUUAUGAAGUAAUGCAGUUCUGUUGGCUUCAGCCUGACCAGAGGCCUACUGCAGAGGAAGUGCAUCUGCUGCUUAGUUACCUAUGUGCCAAAGGUGCCAGUGAGGCCGAAGAAGACUUUGAGAGACGCUGGAACUCCAUGAGACCCAACACAAGCCAUGCCGAUCUACAUGAAGAUGGCAUGCUUGCAAUUGACAUGCCCAUGUCAUCCACCAAUUCCUCAUUCCCCCUACUAGAGCAGUUUCCCUCUGGAGAUGGCUACCACUCUGAAUCUGGAGAUGACAUCCUAACAGUUACUGAAACCAGCCAUGGCCUCAACUUUGAGUACAAGUGGGAACAGGCCAGGGCAGAACAGCACUACCAUUCUUCAUCUACUACUUGCACUUUAGGGCAAGGUAAUCCCCAUUGUCAGGAGAUCUACUACCCUCCAGGAGGAAUGGUGGAUGGCUGUGCAGUUGAAGGACUCACCCUGGGGGUCUCUCCUUCAUACUUUGAUUCCAAGCAUCUACACACCCCUGGUGUGGUACCAGUUUUGAGUGCUCAUAGUCCAUCAGUUGGUAAUGAGUAUUACAUCCGCAUUGAGGAGCCAGUGCAAAGCAAUAUUGACAUGAACUUCACUGUGUGUUCUUACAGUCCAGAGUUUGGGGAAGGCAAUGGAAGCUUUCUUAGUAGUGGAGACUCUGGGGAGUGUAUCAAUAGUCCCUCUGAAGCCAAGCCAGCAGACAUAUACUGGUCAGCGGAGGUCCACAAAUGCAGUGCCUAUGAUUCAGACACCAGUCCUGCUGUGUCUCUAACUACGGAGCCUAUUUUAGGCCAUGAGAGUCCUCUCAGGCCAUGGGAGUCUGGUCACUAUGUUUCAUACAAAGACAGAGAUGUAGGUUACUAUUAUGAACCAUCACCUCCAAAGCGAAUGGACCACUAUCUAAUUGGAGACUCAACAGAACUGCCACAAGAGAGCUGGGGGUCUCGAAGCCUGAGACAGGCACUUGGGGAACUGGAGGACCCUUUAGGGGUCUCACCAUCACUUGACAGUCCAUCACAGGGCUAUACUGAUCCUUACUUGGAGAACAUCCAAGGCUCCAUCAUAGGAAAGAAUGUCACAGGAGGGUACUAUGAUAUGAUGGGUUCUUUGAGGAAGACUAUGCCAGGAAACCACUCAGUUUGCAUCAACAUGGCGUCAGGUGGAGCUAUAUUUGUAGGGCGAGAUGACAGUGACUCUGAUGAAGAUGAGGAAAUAUUUGUGGAAAGACAAGGAGUAAGUUGGUCCACUAGAAAUCCAGAAAAUAACAACACAAGAACCUUGUGUCAGAGCCAAGUUUCUUGUCUGCAGGAUUCUUAUGCAGACUUCCAUUACACUAUGCCAAUGACAGAUGUUGAGGAUACAUGGCCAGAAGAGCAGAGCCUGUCAUACCACAUUUCCAAACCAGUUGACUACUUAGAGGCAACAGUCAAAAAUAAUAGUUGUUUGGUGCAUGGAAGACAUGUACCUUCAAACCCUUCACCCGAAUGCAACUCUUAUAUGAAUAUAUGCCAUGAACCCAGAGAGGCUGAAGUAUAUCCCGUGCCAUGUUGUCAGGCUUUGAGCAGUUCGCAUUUUGUAGACCCUCUAACUGGGACACUUGUUAGGAACUGCUUUAUGAUCGACUGUAUUUCAGGGAAAAGCAUAGUGUUGUCCCAAAAAGACCAACAUCUCGGCCAAGAACCUUUAUCUGCUGGACAUGUAGUGUCCAAAAUAGAGACAUCAAGGGAAGGUGUGAAACAGUUUGAGCAAGUCUUUGAGCAAUAUGUGGAUAUUGCAGAAGGGGACAUGAUCUUGAAACAAGGAAAAACUCAAGAAACAUCUCCUGCAUACCCCAAGACCGAAGUUAUUACUAUCACCCCACAGUUGGAGAAAUCCCCCUCAGAAUUACCCAAUUCAGAGCCAGAGUCAGAGUUGAGUAAGACAGUGGACAGUGGUGUGGAUCGUGGAUGCUCUAGUAUCAGCCUGGUGGAGAUAGAUGACUGUAGUGAUGAUGACAUCACUGACGUAACCUCAGGGAUUUUUGCUGACUUCGCAGUAGACACCUUAGACACUGUUGACUAUGCCAAUCCAACAUUCAAGUCAUUACAAAAGCAGGUUGAUACCCCAGAUUUAAUGGACUCUAUUGACAUACCAUCCACAGCAUGCUCAAGUGAGACUCUCAGUCCUGCAUCUGUCCAUCCAUCAAGUUCUCCCAAGACUGUGGACAGUGGCUAUGACACUGAAAACAAUGAAUCUCCAGAAUUUGUUCCAAAGGAACCCCAUGAGAUAAAAAACACCAAAGCCUUCAUCCAGCCCUCAGGAAAAGUGACAUCUGGAACUAACUUCAUCAGCAAAGAACAAGAGGCUGAAUGGGCCAACGCUGAGCAGAUUGAACAGAAUGUUGAUUCUGUAAUGGUCUUGACAACAUCUGAGAGUAGUGAUGGGGAGUUGAAGGCACUGAGUGAUAAAACUCCAUACAGAGAUUCUGCCUACUUCUCUGACUAUGAUGUGGGGAAAGAAAAAGAAAGCGAAGAGGACACCAGUGAACUUGAGGACAAGAAAGAUGGACCAGAGAUCUUACAUCCUCCACAGGAGACAGAAGGAGAUGAAUGUCCUUUGUCAUCUACAAAGGAGUGCAAAAAAUCUGUCAAACAAGCCGAGGACAUAUCCUCCCAAGUUUUUUCAAAGGUAGACGAAGGAGUGUCUUCUUGUGACCCUGCCAUCUGCUAUGAAUUUUUCUCAGCUCCUGAUAAUGAAGUAUCCACCAUAGAAGACCAUGUUGAUGAUGAAAACCUUUGGAUAGACUCAGAUCGCUCUGCAGAACUUGUACCAUCAGAAUCACAAUUAUCUGACUCAAAUGCCUCCCUUUUAUCCUAUGUAAAUCAAGAGGAUUCUUUCAAGCAAGAACCUAGUGAGAAUAGUCCAUAUCUUGACCCAGUGAUCUCUGAGGAUGAUGUUGCAGACAAUAUUGAGUUCAUUCCAGAGGUCCUUAUUGAAGAGGAGUGUAUCAAUGAGCUGGACAUAGACCAAGGUGUGAGCUGCGUGAUUUUGUCCACAGAAGAUCCAGUGCCUUCAGAGGAUUUAUUGGGGCUUGGGGCAGAACGCAGCAAUUCUUCUGAUUCCGUUACACUUGAGGAUCUGGAAACCACAAAUAAAGACCCUGAAGAGGAAGGACUUAAAAAAAGGUCCACACGUUCUUGCUCUCCUCCUCCUCCACAAGAAGGAUGGGUGUCUCCCACGGAUGGGGAAGAGGCAGAUGAGGAAGAUGGCGACUCUGAGGACAGUGAUGAAUCGGAUGAGGAGCUGCGCACAUACCGCAUUCAGGAGCAGAGCGAAGAAAGUGAGGACGAGAUCUUGCCUGUGACUAUUAUUGUGAGUGAUUGCAGUGAUGCACACAAACUGAGAAGCCUACUCAAGAUGCCAACUCUGCUCAGUGAUUCACUGUCAGAUGAAAUGGAGACCAAAAAGAAAGUGGUGACCUUCUUUGAUGAUGUCACUGUAUUCCUGUUUGACCAGGAAAGCCCUACCAGUGAGCUGGCAGAUCAAAGCUUUAUCCUUGGUGGAGAGUCAAGCAAACCAAGUGCAAAGGGCAAAUUGCCAAACCAAAAGGAAAAAGUCAAUAUCUCAGAUGACUCUUCUGAUGGAAACAUCUCAGAAGAGAGUGCAGGGUUUGAAUGGGAGGACGAUUUUCCCUUGUUGCCCCUUCCCACAUCUACCAUGGGUUGUCCUCCACACAUCACUUCAAAGCUGAGCCUACCGACCAGCAGCUCUAAACCUGCAGCACAGGUCUCCUCUCGUUUCACUGUGUCUCCGUCCAAUGUUUCACGAUUCUCCAUCACACAUGUGUCAGAUUCAGAUAUGGAUUCUGCAGGAGGGAGCAGUGAAGAUGGGGAAAGAGAGUGAAGCAUCAUACUACUGCCAUCUCACAGACACCUUAUUUAUUUUUUGUUAAUUUUUAUUUAUUUGAACAGGGAGAACCAAGUGAGAAAGUUUUAAUCUCCAUAAAAACAAUGUUUGACUGUACCUCUUAAUGUCAGCAAAUGCUUUAGAGCAGUCCUUUACAAAGGGCCUCAGGAGACAAUACAUGUGGAAUUGACUUUUAAAGUCAAACGUGAAUAAAGUCUUAUCAGACUUAAAAUCAAGCAUAUUCUAAAUGGAAGAAAGUUUGAUGGAUUAGUUUAUAUGGAGCUUCUGGAAACCGACUGUAACUCUUUACAACACAAAACAUCAGAUAGUGUAUUUUUGGAAUGAGUUGAAACAACAAUGAAGUUGUGACUGCAUCGAUAAAAUUUGUGAGAAAAUGGUCUUAAUGAAAUGUAUCAAAACUGAACUGAUUUUUACUGUGAAGUAGCAAUGCAGUAUUGUCAGUCUAGUAAUGAAAGGAUCCUAAAAAGAAGGGGUAUUUAAUUGUUUUUAUGACUAAAAAGAAAUGAAUGACACACUGCUGCCUUGUGUUUGUCACAUACUUGAGAGUAGCAUAGUGUUAUGGUGACGUGGCAUUCUGAAACCAGUUGUAUCAUUUCAUUAAUGAUUAUUGUGGAUUUCUUGAUAUCAAAUUUCUUUCUUAAGCAAAUCAUUUGAUUGCAAAGCAUAUGUUUUUAAAUCAUUUGUGGUAUUUAUUUGGUGUUUUUUUCAUUGCUCGUAUUUAAUCAAUGUCCAUAUCAAGUCAAUCGUUUUAACAUUUUCUCAGUUUAGAGCAAAAUCAUGUCAAAAAUUAUGUCCUGCUGAGUUAGAAGGAUAACACUUUGGUUAUCAUCAGCUAAACCCAUGACAUCAAAAAAUGAAAUUAAAUGAUUAACUUUUGAAAUAGUGAUGUUAUGCAAUUAAAGUAGAAAAUCUCCAUUAUACUCUUAAUACUCAAAUACAUAAGAAAAUAUCAAACAAUAUAUAAUUGACUAGAUAUUACUAUGUAAACAGGCAGUUCAUGGUUUGGCAUGGUAUUAAUAAUGAGAAUUAUGUAUUUAUCAAUGAUUACUAUCUUUUGAGGGUUGAAGCAGAGUUGUAUAAUGAUAAGGGUGUAAAUGACAGACUUGUGUUAUUUAUUUAGGUUUUAUAUUUCCUGGAGCAUUGAAGAACAAAGAUAAAUUCUCUUUAUAGUUGUACGCUGCAAUGCUUAACAGACUGUCGUGGACUUUUGACCAAAAAGAAAAUUUCAACUUCUGAACAAAAUGGACAUACUAUAUGAUCUUCAAGUAUUACUGUCAGAUAUUGACUUCUUAUUCUCAUAUGUGGUUGGGAAACAUCAUCACAUCUUUCGCAACUCGGACAUGAUCAAGGAGGACUUGCUGUCAAAUGUGACUGAGAACAGUGUACAAUACGGAGGAACUCAAUGCUACCUGCGCAAUUCUGUGCGUCCAACCCCAAACCUGGCAGCCGGAGCGCCAAGCAGAAAUCUGGAUCCACUGCUCUUGAUAUAUUCCAUGUUUGUUUGCCAAUUAACUCAUUAUUAUAUGUAAUCAUCUAGCUUAGAUCGAACUAGUCAGCAGUCUGUACUAUUUUUGUAUUCAUUUAAAACAUUUUAAUCUGCUGAAAGAUCAAAUGGGUACUCAGGAUGAAAGGGAAAAUCUCCAUGUGUGUUCUGCCAAAGAAAUGUGUAUUGUGACACAUAAAGGCCGGAUCGGUGUUCCAUAUUUGUUCAAAUUCAGAGGGGCAGACAAUCACUGAUUUUCCUGGGGUUUGCUGCAGACAUUUGCUGUAUGAUGGUUUUUGAAUUGCAGUAUUACAUUAAGCAAGAGUGGUCGUAAGUCAGUUCCUCAAAUGCAUCACAAAACUUAUAAACAAAAAAAUAAAACAAAUCUGUUUUACCGUUUUCCCUUUCUUUUCUUUUUUUAACAGGGUGAUGUUUUGCUAUUUAUUGUAAUAUACAGAUUCAUUACAACAGAUUCAAUAUUACCUGUAAUUUAUAUAAAGAUGAUGAAAACAGAAUUUAUAAGUACAUGGUAGUAUAAUUGUGUAAAAUGUUUUUAUUAAAGUAUUAAAGGAAUA